AUGUCCACGUGCUGUAAGACAGGCGUAGAUUAUACUCAAUAUCAAUGCUCUCCCAGCUCAACUGCUUCAGCUAUACUCACGUUGAACAGUUUCCGAAAAGGCGGUGAUGGUGGUCAUGGAGGUGCAUGCGAUGGCUCUUUUUAUCCUGACUCACAGCGCGUUGUGGCCUUGUCGACAGGAUGGUACAAUCGGGGACAACGAUGCGGUAAAGUGAUUACCAUUCGUGGAAAUGGUAAGAUGACAACAGCACUAGUCGUUGACGAAUGUGACUCAGUACAUGGAUGCGAUGCAGAACAUGCGGGACAACCUCCGUGUCGUAACAAUAUCGUUGACGGGUCACCAGCUGUCUGGACUGCACUAGGUAUAUCGAAGACCGAUCCACAAUAUGGACAGAUUAACAUUUCAUGGAGUGACUAA